AUGGAAUCCUCGUCGCCAGCACAGGCUUCAAACUGGUAUGAGCUACUCACUGGCGAUUGGCUCAGUCGGCCAAUACGCGCAGUAUUAGUCGGUGCCCUCGCGCUUCCUUUUGUUAUCUGGCCUCGAAAUCAACCUCAAAAUUCGAGCCCUCGGCUAUUUGCCUUCUUUGUCUAUUUGCUUCAUCUUGCUUCUAUCCCCUGGCUAUAUCUCGUAACUAAACUGGUCCCUGAACCCUACCUGGAUGAGAUCUUUCAUAUACCACAGGCGCAGAAAUACUGCCAGGGUCGGUUUUUAGAAUGGGAUGACAAGAUCACGACACCCCCAGGCCUUUAUCUCGUCUCCCUGAUUAUUCCUGGAGUCGUCCAGCGAAAUGGGAAUCUUGACUAUGCCUGCAGCGUGCAGAAUUUACGAGCAUUCAAUGUCUUUGCACUGGCGGUCCUGGCCUACUUAGCUUUGCAGUGCCGUCGUGAGAUCGAGGCACGGCUUUACGAAGCUCGCUUUUCUACCAGACUGAGCAAUACUUCUCAGUAUGCAACCCACACUGCCUUUAAUAUUGCCUUAUUCCCUCUUCUUUUCUUCUUCUCCGGUCUGUACUACACCGAUGUUGCCUCUACUGCAGCUGUCCUGGUCGCGUUUCUAAACCAUUUGAAACGCAUCGGGCGAGAUCGAAACUCGGUUCUCAGUGACCUGGUGACGAUUUCUCUUGGUGUAUUUACACUCUUCUUUCGCCAAACAAACGUCUUCUGGGCGGUUGUGUUCAUGGGUGGAUUGGAAGCUGUUCAUGCUGUCAAGACUUUGAGACCAGAACGGGUUGACCAACCAGUCAUCCUAACACUUUCCGAGCAACUGAAGCACUAUGCUUGGCGAUAUUCUCUUGGAGAUAUCCACGACCCGCCAUUACAUGCAAUGUGGCCAGAUGACAUGAUCUUUUGCGUACUGAGUCUGGGUAUCGCGGCGCUCUGCAACCCGAUUCGCGUCGUUCGGCAGAUAUGGCCCUAUAUCACCACUCUUGUAUUAUUCGGAUCCUUUAUUGCUUGGAAUGGCGGUGUUGUGCUUGGAGACAAGUCUAACCAUGUCGCUACUAUUCAUCUUCCACAAAUGCUCUACAUCUGGCCCUUCUUUGCCUUUUUCUCCCUGCCGCUCCUCAUCCCAUACGCUCUCCCCUUGGCCAACACCCUACGUCGCCUUCACUACAUGGAGACUUCGUCUCGGUCUAUCUCGUCCUCAUCCAACAAGUCUCCGUCUAGAAAAUCUAGCAGCAAGGUCUCUAACUCUAAGGGGGGUGCAGCAGUUGACACGCCGGGCAGCGAAUACCCGCAGCCGUCGAAGGAAUUGCAAUAUUUCGAACUGAUUUUCGGCAGCAAAAUCUUCCUUUGGCCCCUUUAUCUCUUUGGAACUAUCAUUGUCUCAUUUGGCAUUGUCCGUUACAAUACCAUCAUCCACCCAUUUACUCUGGCUGACAACCGCCAUUACAUGUUCUACGUCUUUCGAUACACCAUCCGACGGGCUUCUUGGAUUCGAUACGCCUUGGUCAUUCCCUACACUGUGGCCCGCUGGAUGACUUGGGGUACUAUGGCUGGGUGUUCGCAGUGGUUUAUGACUAUGCAUGGACCCGCGUGCUCUACAUAUUCGAAAGGAGACGGAAAGUCCCCAUUUCUCAACCACCCUGCCUUUGCAAACCGCGGUGCAUCGCCGCAACAAACUGAUGCUGUAUCUCCUGCCGAGGCCAAAGAUCUAGAUGCAAACCAACAGCAAGAACUAAGCCAAGCUUUAAAGAAGGACCCUCUAUUAGCCUCUAUCGAGCCAGCUACUACCUCGACGGGUCUCAUCUUCUUGUUUGCCACGACCCUGUCGCUCAUGACAGCUCCUCUAGUUGAGCCACGGUAUUUCAUCAUCCCCUGGGUGAUGUGGAGAUUGCUUGUACCUGCUUGGAAAUUCCAUGACCAUGACUCUCAAGGUGUUGCUGCUACCCUGGAGAGACACCCAAAGACCAAACCCUUGCUCUUGUUCUUCCAGCGCUAUGAUCUGCGUCUUAUACUCGAGACGUUUUGGUUUAUCGCGAUCAAUGCAGUAACAGGGUACAUUUUCCUGACUAAACCGUACGUGUGGAAAGCAGAGGAUGGCACUGUACUGGAUAGUGGUCGACUCCAGCGGUUUAUGUGGUAG